AUGCCGCCAGCAGGUAAAAAAGGUUCCGAUAAAAAGCCCGCUGGACCUGCGGCGUCUGUGAACAAGAACUGGGAGGCUGGUCUGGUCAAAGCACAGUUUGAGGAGGACUCAUGGCAGGCGUGUGUCUCCCUGCUGGUUGGGAGAAGUCCAGAGGAGGAAGAACGACUCCUCGGCCCUCUGGUUUUAGCUGUUCAGAAACCACAGCGUCGACGUUUCACCGUACUAUCCUGGGACAGCGCCCUGACUAAGAUCCAUGAACUGGGGAAUCCUAAAGCCAAAAAACCCAACAAUCCUCCCAUGUUCUGUGAGGUUACAGAGUCUGCUAAAGUGCUGCUGGAUGCAGGGGAGGAGAUUCCCAGUGACCUGAUGGCCAAACUCCUGAAGUUCCAGCUGCUGCAGAUCAAAACCAGCGAUCAGCAAAGGAGGGAGGCAGAACAGACUGAGAGACAAGCAGAAAAAGUCGUCCGUCCUUCUGACAGCAGUGCCAAGGGUUCUGCCAAAAAAGCAAAGGGUUCAUCUUCAGAUCCAGAAGCCAAGGAGAAGAAAACAAAACUCAAAUCCAGGAAUCAUGUUGAGCCACCGACGUUUAUUGAUGAUGAGCCAGAGCACGGUCCUCAACACUACAUCCUGUUGGUGGGCUUCUUCCAGCCACAGCUGGUUUGGAUGCUCAACGCCAUUGGUGUACAUGUAGCCAAUGUCAUCAAAUUAUGCUCAGAGCAGACACAAGUUUUCGUGGAGAAGCAGGAACUCAGCGGCUGUGAGGACGAUGGUCCGAGCCCGAAAACUUCUCCAGGUCUGGGUGCAGAGCUUUCUUUAAAGGCAAAGAGGCUUGAUCAGUUCUGGACAAAUCUGAGACCAGUUCUUUACAAUGGGCCUCCAGACUCCAAGCUCUACGAUGCGGUUCUGCUCAGCUACACCGUCCAAGAUCUCACACUGUCUCUCCAAACGCAAGACCCCGAGGCAAAGCUGGAGCUGGGAAGCCAAAUCUUUGAGGGCGUGGCCAAUCUCAUCUACGACUGUCUGGACUGGCGCAGGCAGCAUCAGCACUAUUGUGACAAUGUCAAACUCCUCACAGUACCUUCUGUAGAUGGACUGGACUCACAGCCCGUACAGGUGGUACCGGCGGUUCCUCUGACCCCACGCUCUAAAAAGAAGUCCGUUCAGGAACAAGUCCCACCAGAACAAGGGACCCAGCUGUCUCCUGUCUCUGUCCAUGUGGACAUGGGUCACUACAACAGUCUGCUGGACCUGGUCCCUCCUGAAGCCUGCUCCGUGCCUCUGCUCCUGCACUGCAUGCUGGAGCAGGUGGGGAUUUCCGCAGAGCAGUCUUUGUCCGGCUUGUCACGAACGCCCGAGAAGCCCAAACCCGUCUGUGGCCAGUGGUUCAAGCCCCAGCUGCUUGGUUAUCUGCUCCAAAGCUUCCUGCCCCUUUCACACACAGACGAGGAGAGAAAACAGCUGCUGGACAACCUCCCAACUGUUGAGGAAGACGACAAGACGGUACAUCGGUUGGCGACGUUUGGAGGAGCGAGCGCUCAGAAGAAGCCUCUGCUUCUCAGACACCACGACGAGAGGGCGCUGCGUUUGAGAGACGCCACAGCGCUUGAUGGUUUCAGUCCAGCAGAGGUGGAGCUGUCCAUGAUGAGGUUCUCGCCGGUUUGGGAGCUCAUCGAGUCGAUGGCGGAGCGGAGGAACAGGCCCUCCUGCUGGAAGGCCGUCAAACAGCAGCUGCAACACUUUUGCACAGAAGAGACGGUGUCGUGGUCGGACGUGGAGCGCCUGUUCGAUCAGAGCGUGUUUGAGGCCAUGACGCUGAGCGCUCUGGAUGAGCAGGGCGUGUUUGUGAAUGACGCCGACCAUCAAGGGCCACUGGAAGCAGCACGGUGCACACUGAACGUUGUCCCCUGGGACGAUCCUUUAUCCUACGCUGAACAUCAGCUUCACAAGGCCAAAGGUCCAGCGUUUCUCACCGAAGACCCCGGCAGCACUGAGCGUUUCAUUCAGGAAGUUAGCACCCAGCUGGAUCUCUCUGAGUUGCAGCGCUGCAGACGGAGGUCUUUGUUUGGCUGGCACUACACUGAACGUCACAGCGCCGCUGUUUUCCCACAGGUCCUGAUGGCGGCGUCGGAGGAGUACCGCUGUUUGGACACCUUUAGAGGAAGCCAUAAAAACAUCUUGUAUGUUUUUUGCCACAAUCCCGUGAGUUCUCAGCUCCGGUCCAAGGAGUUCUGGGACGUGGCUCUUCACACUGACGUCAAGUUCAGACACUACCUGGAGCAUGUGGCCGACUCCAUCUCAGACUGGACCAAAGAGGAGGAGCUGAAAAGAGAGGCGACGCUGCUCAGAACCCAGAGCCCUGUGGCUGCGUCUCCACACGAAGCAGUGGAGGAGAGAACGCUGGAACCGAUCAUCAGAAAAGGCUCGAUCAAAGCCUGGAAGUUGGAGCAGGAGCGAGCGAAGGAAGAGGAGAUGACGAAAAGAUCAAAGAAGGAGAACACACCUCGAGCCAAGCUGCAGAAAGAGGAGGCGGCAGACGAGAAGAAAAGUAAAACUUUGUCCGACGGCAAGAAGAGCAGAGCAGAAACAGCCACCAGCAAGGUCCCCGCGGGGGCCAAAAUUCCAGCAGCCCCCACGGAGAGGAGCAGCGAAGGGCCUCGAUUCGCAGAGGAACCUGAGAAAAGAUUCACCGGCUACAGCAUGAACGGACGGCUGAUCCGUGUGUCAGGCCGGGUCCAGAACCUUUACCCCUCAGACGGAGGACACAUCACUGUGGAGAAUAUUGACUUUGUUGAAGGUUCCAGCCUGAUGAAAGUAGCUGUGAUAAAGGACGGCCAUCGUUUCUACGCGCACAUCAACCAAGUUGUUGGCGAUUGUUCAGAGCCUCACAGCAAAACACACAUCCAUCCAAAGGAGGACUGUCGAAAGCCCGAGGCUGUGGUCGGGAAAAGAGUAAAGCAGGGCAACUUCUCAGCAGUUCUUGACAACAAAGUCCACCUCUCGUACAGUUUCUACGGCCCCACAGGAGAACGUAAAGUGAGUUCUGAGGAAACGGAAGAGGACAACCCAAAGUGUUCUUCCACCGCUGGCUCUAAAGAAACAAAUCUGGAGCCUGAUUCCUCCAGGAGACAAACCCAGUCCAGUCAGGGGUGUGAAGACCAGUCCGGUCCUUUCAGCAGUCUCUGCCUUUCUGUUCCUAACGGCCUACUGGUGCACUUUUUGAGGGAGGACAUGGAAGGUGUCUCACAACAGGAGCGAGGCGUUCUGGUGAAGCAGAGCUUUCCGCUCCACGCUAAAGGACGGCGGCUCCUUCAGGACGCAUCCCUCUCCAAAGAGCUGUAUCGCAUCAUCACCAGUCAGGGAGCCGUGAUCCGGCACAUGAGAGACGGAUCCACAGAGGUGCUGUUUCCAGAUGGGUCAGUGAGUUUCAGUCAAGAUUCUGGUCCAGUCUGGGUGCCUGAUGCUGAAAUUGACAAUACCAAUAAAGGUCAGACCUCUGAGCCUCAGAAGGGAUGCUGGCAGACUACAAGUCCAUCUGGACAUCGCAUUUGCACUGUUGGGUCCACACACAAACAUCUCCCCACCACCUCUCUGCUCACCUUCAAAGCCACAGACCCCGUCACACAUCAGGUCAUGCUAACCCGGGAGGAUUUAGUGGUUUUAGUCCAGAACCCAGACGGAUCUCUUAUAGUGGAGCAUGCAGACGGAACCAGGAUCACCAGUUUCCUCCAAGACAGGACCUUUACAGGUUCACCACAUCACCCUCUGCUCACAGGACAGAAACCAGAAAGUGCUGGAUCAAGCUCUCAGUUCACUCUGGGUGAGAGUGCAGGUUCUGAGAGGAGCGUGCACAGACACGAUGAGCAGACUGCGUUUCCUGACGGUGCUAAGACGAAUGAAAGGGGAGGUCCGUCGGUCAGCGAGCGGGCGGUGUUGGUGGAGAAAGAGGGCUGCGCCUCAGUACUGAUGUACCCUGAACGUCACACGGCUCGCGUCUUCUUAGCCGACGGAACCGUCAUCACAGGGAACAACCGAGCCGAGUAUGAGGUGUUUCCACCUAACGCUGGCGUUCUGCACAUCCGAAGUAAUGGAAAGUGCACGUACUCCUCUGACCCACUUGUUGCCCCCAACUCAAGUAACCAACCAGGAGUUUACACCAUAAGUCACGCAGGUGAAGUGGCCUGUGACGUUACAGACGACGAUGGGAACCACUUCCAGGUGAUGGAAGAUGGGCAAAUAUUUGUGCUACGUUCAAGUCCUGCUGCCAGCACUCGUACACACGACGAGGAAGAGGGGGAGGACAGGAAAAGGGACGGGAUUCACAUAAAAGACAAAGCUCACCCUCCCAGGCUCUUUCUGGUGCAUGAAGACGGUUCGGGCACUGAACUGUUGAGCUCUCCUUCUGUAGAGGAGCUGCUUGACCGAGCUCACUCCGAUCCCACCAUAGCAGUUCUGAAGGAACCUCUUCCAGACAAACAAGAUGAAUUUGGCAUCACCAUUCUAAAACCCAGCCACCGGAGUGCGUGGUUCCAGUGGUUGCUAAAGAAACAGAAACCUGACAUCACCCCUCCCAACCUCAGAAACCGCAGCUGGGAUGACUUUCCGACAGCCGAGAAGAAGAGCCCAGGUCGUCCAUUUGGUACUGACAUGGGGGUCGGUUUGACUUUGAGGGAGAGGUCUUCUGGUUCUGCAGCUCAGCACCAACGUGUUCAGAGCUGCCCUGAUGCUCUGGAGAUGAGAGAACUCUACCAGCAUCGACCCUUCACCACACCGCUCAAAAAUACCAUAGAUUCACACCUGAAGGAAUACAUCGAGAGUUUGAUGGCGAGCAAACGACGAUCGGACGAGAUGAAAGUGAAAGACCCUCGCACCAAGCAGGAGAGCACUCACGCUGGAGACCUCUUCGAUCUCAUCCUGUCUUUUGCAGAGGAAGAUGACGACCGUCACUCUGCUGAUACCAAGCUGUCAGCUGAUGUUGCCAGUCUGUACAGCCAAGCAGUCGGGGCGUCGUACGAGCAGUCUGAAGUUUCAGACGACACCGACAUGGAUGCGGACAGUUUGGAUGGAUCGCAGCAUUCUUCUGACAGGAAGAGUCUGAAAUGGAGUGAAAGACUUACUCAACACAGACUGGAGCUCAGUGAGGAGAAGACUUGCAGAGAGUCGCUGAGGAAGAAGAUCGUUGUUCCUUAUUUCCAUCCAGAAAACUUUACCUUAUUCCAAAGUCUGCUGCAUUCCCAAAUAUCCAACGUUGGAAGCCGACCUACAGAUCUGCCCCAGUCAGACAGUCCGGACUCCGUCAUUGAAGCCCCCCUACAAGAGAGCAACCCACCACCCUUAAACCCAACUCCAUCUGAGUCAGAAAGGAGGGCAGAAAGAGACAAGAUGCCUGAAAAAAGACCCACGAACCCCACAAUGCAGUUUGAUGGGCAAAGCAGCAGGUCAGUCCAGGUGGACGUCACUGGAAGUCCCACACAGACUAAAGUCAGACCAACCUGCGUCCUCAACUCCAAAACCUACAGCGAACCAGACCAACGAUUCCUGACGGUGGAGGAGCCGGUGAAGAGGAAGUGUCGAACAGUUUCCCUCACUGGUUCAGUAGUGAGGGGCUUCCAGCUUCACCCGUCGAGCGUUGACUUCGGUACGCUGCAGGAGGGCACCUCGUCGACCAUUACUGUGAUUCUGAAGAACGUGGGUGUUGAUAUGUGCAGGUUUCGUGUGAAACAGCCUCCAGCUGCCACCGGCCUCCGAGUCCUCUACAAUCCGGGGCCCGUGGCUGCAGGUUUGCACGUGGAGCUGAAGGUUCAGCUGUUCGCCACGUGUGCAGCUCAGCUGGGCGGAGCCAAACAGAACAGGUUCAUCUUUCAGAACAUCGUCAACAUCCACACUGAAACAGACAUUCUCCACCUUCCUGUCACUGCUGUAAUCCUUUCCGAGAGAUUUUAUGAAGAGGAGUACAGCAGCGUGCACAAAAAGAGGAGCUCCAACGCUGUACGGGCGCACAGUUGGUCAGAAAAUCACUCCGAUGAGCCGGCACCCUUCUGA